GCACCAACCCGACACGUUUGACCGAAGUGACGAUCCCGGCCCGGCCCGCUCUGCUUUUCAGUAGAGGGGAUGCGAGCUGCGCAUGCUCACCCCUUCGAACAUGGCUGCCCCCGUGGAUCUGGAGCUGAAGAAGGCUUUUGCUGAAUUACAGACCAAAGUACUCGAUACACAACAGAAGGUGAAACUUGCGGACUUGCAGAUUGAACAAUUAAAUAGGACCAAAAAACAUGCAUAUUUAACAGAUGGAGAAAUAGCUACAAUGCCAGAAGAUGCACGCAUGUAUGAAGGUGUUGGGAGAAUGUUCAUUCUACAACCCAAAGCAGUAAUUCACAAUCAGCUUCUUGAGAAACAAAAAAUAGCUGAACAGAAGAUCAAAGAGCUUGAGCAAAAGAAGUCCUAUUUGGAACGUAGUGUGAAAGAUGCAGAAGACAACAUCAGAGAAAUGUUAAUGGCCAGAAGAGGACAAUAACCGUUUUUGCUUUUGGCAGCUGAUUUACCUUGGUGAUCAUUUAGCUUGGAUUCCAGAAGAUUGUUGGCCAUGAUCUAACUCGCAGCAUUAACACUGUUGGUCAAUAACUCUUAUCUAGUGGCAUAAUGGUACUCAGUUCUCUUUGAAUCUGUGAUACUGUCACUAAUUAGAAUUGUGUAAAUGACAGGGGCUACUUUAUGACCAGUAAUUUACUUGAAUCCAACUGAAAUGAAGAUUGAUAUAAGGGCAACUGAAAUGGUACAUUUAAUGUAUAUGAAAGGUCAUUGGCUUAUUGGAGCAUUUUGGUUUGGUAAAAACUUUCCAGUUUUACUUCUAUUGCCAACUAUUAAUAUUUCAAGAUCCUUGUCAAAAAAAACAAAUCUUUAGUUCAGUUUAUGUGGUAAAUAUAAGCAUAUUUUACUUUAUAAGAGUAAUUUUAACACUGAACUUUUGCCAGUCUGCUUUGUUUUAAAGCUGUUUUCCAAGUAGCCUGAAGUAUAUAUAUAUAUGAUGUAAGCCAAUCUUGACACCAAUUUAUUACACACCAAUGGUCCCUUAACCUGGCAUCUGUUACAGAAUGUAAAGUUAUAUAGAAACACACUUGUGAAUAUCAGAUGCUUUGCUUUGAAACAAUCGAGCUAUUUGUUCCACAUGAUGGAAAAAUCUAUCAAAACAAUAAUAAAACCUCCAAUUACAUGCUUUUUUUGUAAUUUUAUGACAAUGUCCUCCUGGAGUCUCUGAGGUGUUUUGGCCAUGCCAUUAUUUUGGGGAAUUACUUCAGCUUGCACUUGAUAUCAAGUAUAUGCUCUCAUCUUUGCCAGUGACAGUAUGCUCCUGCUCAUUGCCUUGCAGAACAGGCUAAGCUUUGAACUUUUGAUUUGUGCACAUUAAGUGCAGCAUUGCCCCUCAGAACAUCUGAAUUGUGUUUAAUUAUAUGUUUGAAUGGGACAAUCAAUGUGUUUGAAACUGACUAGCUUCUGCAAAUUCUGAUAUUUAAAUUGCUCUUUCAUGGUAACAGUGGAAACUGGAAAUUCCCUCAUAAAGGAACUUUGUGCAAGAUUUAAUAUGUGAGCUGUGGUGGAUUAAAGAAAAGUAAAAUCACUGUUGCAGGAUGUAAAUAAUCUUGCACUUUAUUAAUGUGAACAAGUUUUUGGUUACUUAGUUCACUGGUACUGAUAAGGCACCAAAUAUUCUUAAUUUCCAUAUUUAUUAUGCUUUGGUUUAGUCUAUGAAUUCCUUCGUUUUAUUUCAGCUUUGAAUAUUUACUUCAGGGAUAAAACCACAACAUGUAUUGGAUUAGUUAGUUAUUUGUAAAUCUGCAUUGUAACAUUGUGCCUGUACAAUUGCUCUGUUAAUAAUCAAUGAAACGUGACAUCUACAUUGGUGUGUCAUUGGAGUCGCAUACAGGCUUAAGUAGGUAGUAGCAACGAGUUACAUAUUUGCAGUAGGACAGUUACUUUCCCCAUCUUUUAUUUUCAGUUCAAAAAAAAUGCCCUGGUUGAAUUAUUAGCAUGUUCUCUGGAUUAUCAUUUAUCAAGUAACAAAGCCAAAACCCUGGAAAAUAACACAAUAUGCCAUUUACUGCGAAUGCAUUUAAUUGUUUCACAAGCAAAAUAUAUUUUUAAAAUAUGCCAAAAGCUACUGACUUCCCCGUCUUGUCAGAUGUCAGCUAAGGCUAGAUAAAUAGGUAGCUAUAAAAUAGCGCAAUACAAGCCCUUCGGCCCACAAUGUUGUACUGACCUUGUAACCUAUUCUAAGAACAAUCUAACCAUUUUUCUAUAAUUCAUGUGCUUAAGAGUUUAGAGUAUUAGAACACUACAGCACAGAAAUAGGCCCUUGGCCCAUCUAGUCUGUGCUAAGCUAUUGAUCUGCCUAGUCCCAUCAUCCUGCACCUGGACCUUAGCCCACUAUACCCCUUCAAUCUAUGUAUCUGGAUAAAUUUCUCUUAAAUAUUGAAACCGAACGUGCAUAUGCCACUUCUGCUGACAGCUCAUUCUACAAUCCGCCAUGCUUUGGGUGAACAAGUUCCUCCCAUGUUCCCCUUAGAUAUUUCACUUUUCAUCCUUAACCCACAACCUCUAGCUCUAGUCUCUAUACCUUUCAGAACUCUGUAAAUAUCUGUCAAAUCUCACCUCAUUCUGCUAUGCUCUAAGGAAUAAAGUCCUAACCUAUUCAAUCUUUCCCUAUAACUCAGGUUCUCAAGUCCUAGCAACAUCCUUGUAAAUUUUUUCUGCACUCUUUCAAUCUUACUGUUAUCUUUCCUGAAGUUAGGUGGCCAGAACUACACACAGUACUCCAAUUUAGACCUCACCAAUGCCGAAAACCACUGUAUUUAAAUACUUUUUAUAAGAUGAGUUAAUAGAAGGCUAAAGUUGUAGUUUAAUCAUUCUUGCUUUUUAAAAAAACUCAUGUAUUUUUCACAAGUAAUUGAUGGUUUAUUCGCACUUACUAACAAAGCGAUAAUGCAGUUAAACCUUUAUCAUUUUUGGUUACAUCGUGUGGGUAAUGUGCUGUUGUGUAACUAUCGAUUGGUUUGUUUUAUCUCAGGAAUUUUUCCUAUCUCGAUUAUAAAAGUGAUGGAUUUUUCAGGGGUGCCAUCUUUA